AAUGUCAUGUGAAACGCAACUUGAUUUUAUGAGCACCACCUACAAUCACUGCUUUGGGACACCACACUGGUGAGCUGGCUAACGACUUGGCUUCGAGCUGACACAAUGAUUCGAUCAGUUCUCGGCAAGGCAGUCUCUCGCGGGUCUGCAAUCCUAAGCAGCCUUGACGAGCAGCUGAACGACGAGAUAUCCACGGACGAAUCCGUCGAGGGCGCGACACUGCGUCCCGUAUUGAUCUCAGAAGAAGAAGAAGUGAAACUCGAGUCUUACGAGAGCUGUGAGUCGUUGCGCGGGAAGGUCGCCAAGCUGCGAUGUAUGGUCGUGGCCCUGGAACAUUCGUUGGAAGAGGAACGGGCAACAAGUAAGGAGACCAGUGAGAAGCUUAGUCUCGCGCUCACGGAGUCGUCGACAAUUGAUAGUCUCGUCGAUGAGUAUGGCAAGUUGUCUCGUGAGGCAGCACGUCAGGCAGACGAAGAUGCCCAGCAAAUCGCAGAGCUUUUGGUACGCGACGAAGAGCAGCGUGCCAAGCUCCAGAUAUUCGAGGCUCAAAUCAUGUCACUAACAGAGGCAGACGAUACCAAGGUAUCGGACCUCGUUGCAUCAGGCGCCGUCUGUCAUCAACGUCCGACUGUUGCAGUCGACUCAGCACGCCUCUUUGCAGCAGUCCGUGCAGCCAAAGCACGUAACUUUGAGCUUGAACUCGAGCUUGUCGACGCGAGGAAGAAGGUACAUACUGGUGGUUAUGCGCUUGGAC